GCUUAAGUUUUGAUCAAACUUAAUAAGUGCCUUAUUCCAAUAAUAUUUUGUAUUGACAUCAACUGACAAUUUUGACCGAAAAUGCGUAAAACGCAAGCAAAUCGAACAAAAAUAAUUUUCGUAUUAUUCCACACUAUAUUUGCAUUAUUGUUAAGGAGAUGUGGCGGUACAAUUAUCAGUAGCAUUGAAGGAGAGAGAGUUGAGAUGGAUUUUCCUUAUCCAUGUAACAUUUCAUCCAGAGUUACCUUUCAGUACGGUAACCGAGCCCCUUAUUACAACUCGGCAAGUCCUGGUUCGAUGUCUUUGCCUUCCAAUCAAAAUCUGACUUUCAAUACCGAAAGUGAUAAUAACGAAUGCUCCCUGCAUCUGAUCAUAAACCCGGUAUCAAGAGACGAUGCAGGCACUUACAUUCUUACCGCUUACAACGCAAACGAUCAGUAUAUAUAUGAUGAAAGGGUUGGCCUAAGGGUUAGCUAUCCUCCUGGAAAGGCAAAGUGUGAUUCAAGUGAGAUUUAUAUCGAUGGAGAGUGGAUAACAAUACAAUGUUCAGCUCUUAUUGGGAACGUGCCCGGUCAGUUUCUGUGCUAUCAAAAUGGCAUGAGGCUUCCACCGUUGACCUCACCGGAAGUCAUUAGCGGAAGGUUGCGUCAGGUGAUGUUAGCCAGACUGACAGAACUUGUGUAUUGCUGUUCGUCCACCACACAAGAGGUUAAAGGGAGAUGUGACUGUAAGGACACUAUCUGGGAUCCCAUCUUAAGCGAUGAAUCAAAUGUCACUGAUCCCUGUCCUACUAUAAACUCGACGGCAACAUCACCGCUAUCACAAACUACAAAUAUCCCAACGGCCAAAGGGGACAACACCCUCCGCCCGACAACAACAAUAACAAUAACAACAAGAGGAAACUACUUGUAUUGUGACUUCAAAAGUGAUAAAAAUGUUGAUUAUUUUAUAACUUUGCUAGUUUUAAUGGUCAUUAUAUUAGUUCUUGGAUUUUGCACGUUUGCAUAUAUUAUUUAUACACGAUAUAAAUACAUGGAUCAUCGAUAUAUUGAUAAUGCAGAAAGGAUGAGUCACUUAACAGAUAUAGAACAGCAUGAACAAGAUACCCCUUUACAAGUAUGACAAGGUAGUCCAACUGACGAUGAUUUAACAUGUUAAAGUUCACCUAUCUUAGUGUCUUUUUUAAAUAACGCUUUGAAUGUGUCUAUGAUCCACAAUAUGAGGGGCAUGCUACAAGAGUCCUCGACUCGCACUCUCGGGAAACGUGUCUUACCAGACCUUACACAGCAGGUUGUAGCAACAAAGAAACUAUACAUCAAUGUAGUUAUAUUGUAUCAUGAACAGGUCUCUUAUCGACAGGUAGCUAUAGGGUAAGAACAAACAAAACUGUAGACAGGAUCAAUAGAAGAUAUCAUAUAUAUCACUAAAACAGGAUAAGCCCCCGGAAAACAACCCCAUCCCACAAGCUUAUCCGUCGAGCACAUCUCUCCUGGAUAAGAGUGCCCAGAGAAUUGCAGAUCACAUUGGGGUUGUCCUCCCGGACGAGUUGUCCUAGAACCAUGUAGGACUCACACAAACAGUAUGCCAGGAACAGGUGAAACUUGCUGCAUUCUAAGAUCUACUACAGUAAACAUAUAAAAUGGAAGACAUGUAUGAAUAGCCACCAGCUAUCCAGAUAGACGUCUUUGUCCCAUCAUGUAUAACCCUCUGGAAAAAAUCAUUAUUGUACUGAAGACACAUUGUUUUUGCGGUAAAGCGUCAUUUGUGAAUUACAUCUGCUUUUCUUGAAUAUCGGGACCUAACUUUGACAGUUCAAUAAUUUCGUUGUGAUCAUGGUGCAUAAGGCAAGACACAUAAAACAUUUCGAAAAAACCUGGAACAUGUCGAAAGUGAUGGAAGCGGCCGAGUCUGUCAUGGAGACCUUUUUCGUAGUCUAAAAUGAUACUUAAGGAUUUCGUGCACACUUUCAUAUCACAAAGGUUUCCCUCAUUCGGACAAUUAACUCGCCACAGAAAUUUAACACGAAUGCUGCGCGAAAGCGCGCAUCACUAAUAUGCACCAUUGACCUUCGCAUCACACGAAUCGUGUGUAUGCCGCGACACACAAACUCCAUCACAUAGACAACAUGCUGACAACCAAUCAUCCAUGUACAGUGUACUAAAAAUACUAGUACACGGCAGACACACACAAUACAGACACACAAAUGCACCUAUGCACGCGCAUUAUACACCGGAACGGAGAAAGAGAGAGAGAGGGGGGGGGGUGGGGCACAGAGUACUGCAUCGAUUUCUUCUAAGUUUUAACCAUCAAAGGGAAAGUUGUUCACAUGUGACAUCACACACCUUUGUCGCAUUGCCAAUGGGUGAAUCUCUAUAUCAUUAAACCCCCGUCACACUUAUUCGGAAUCAGCAGGAAUCGAGCAGAACCAGCCGGAAUGAAGAACUUUCAAAAUUCGUUCCACAUUCGGGAGGGAAUUAGAAAUUUUCACUACUUUUGCAAAAUGUCGUUCGAAUACUUAGAACGUCCUUCGAACCCGCCUUGAAUGAUUCUUGCACAUUCCGGGUGUAUUGACUGUCGAAUGCAGCUCGAAUACAGUCGGAACACAGGAAGAAUAUUAAGAAUGCCGUUAGAAUGCAGCAAGAAUAUUUAGAAUGCAGUCGGAGAGCAGUCAGAAUGCACUUCGAAUGUCGUUCGAUAUUUCUCCACUUCGAAUGCACUUCGAAAGUUUUGAACAUGAGCAAAACAUUCGGGCCAGUCACAAGAUUGGACCCGAAUGCUUGGAAUGCACUCAGAAUGCAGUCAGAAUUUUUAAAAUGCGCUUCGAAUAUCCAGGAAUGUACCAAGAAUUUUCAUUCCGACGGCAUUCCGGCUCAUUCCGCCUCUAGUGUGACGGGGGUUUUAGUGAUCGCAAUAUUCAAAUGCUCAUUAUUUGUAUGUUUUUCUC